GUCGCUUCCCCCCUCCGCGGGCCUCGGGGCGCACGGAGCCUGCCCACCGCCGAAGAGCUGGAGGAGCCGGUGGGGCGCAUGCUGGGCGGGGGACCUCAAGGCGUCCCGGCCGGGGGCGGCGGGGGCCACCGAGCAGGUGGCCAGGAUUGCUUACGACCUGCAGCGACCUUUCUUCGGAGGAGGCGCCUGGCACGGAGGCCGGGCUACAUGAGAGGCGCAGCCGGGCCCCAGAUUGGGUUCCUCUUCCCAGGGGCGGCCGCUCCGUUACGGGCCCAGGGAGGGGCGUGCGGUGAGGAGUGCCACCAGUCUGAGUCCAGGGCCGGACAGUGUGGCCGCGAUCCUGGAGGCCAGCGGCGAGGCCCCUCAGUUGGGAGCCUUGUUCCUAGGAGCACAGCAGCCUCGGCUCCGACCCCCGUGGGCUGCCUCGGCCUGGCUCUGACCCCUGUAAGAGGACCCCCAGGGCUCUUUGGGAUUCAACUCAGAGCUGCCCCCACACUACCUGCCAGGCCGGCCAGGUCGUGUGGCCCUGGGGACGCUGGGGGGCAGGAGGAGCUCCCGUCCAUGGACAGUUCCGAGGCUCCCGGCCUUGGCUGGCGUGCUGCCAGGGGUGGAAGAGCAAAGGGUUCCUGGACAAAAGGCCAUCUGGCCCCAGAGGAGGUGACUGGCAACAGCUGCAGCCUCGGAAGUGGCCCCAGGGUCCCCUCAGCCCCUGCCGGCUCUCAGGACGCCUUUACUUCAAGCUUUAGCUUCAUACGGCUCUCGCUUGGCUCUGCUGGGGAGCGUGGAGAGGCGGAGGGCCGCCCGCCCUCCAGAGAGGCCGAGGCCCCUUGUCAGAGCCCCGAGGAGACGGAAGCCACGGCUGCCAGCCUGGACAGGCCACACGAACACCCUCGACUUCUCUCUCCCCACUUGAGUCUCAAGACUGCUCAGCACCUGGCAGACUCUGCGCAGGCCGCAGGGGGCAGCCGCGGGCCGGAGAGGGAGCCGCUUUCCUUACUGGACACGGACACCGCCUCCUUCUGCUCCCCGGGCCCCUCCUGGCCUGUGGGCAGCAGCUUGGGGGACUCUCAGCGCUGGGAUACCCUGCUCAGGAGGUGCGAGCCCGUUCUCCUGGACUGCCUGCUGAGCGACCAGAGGUGGCUGGAGGUAAAAUCCCUAAGAUUAAAGCUUCAGAAACUUCAAGGAAAAGCAGUUGAAGAUGAUGAUUAUGAUAAAGCUGAGGCACUGAGACACAGACUGGAAGAACUGGAGAAAGAGAAGAGCAGCUUGCACUUCCAGCUUCCUUCCAGGCAGCCGGCCCUCUGCAGCCUCCUGGGCCACCUGCACGCACAGGCCCAAGCCGCAGUGCGCCUCAGGGCCACUCAGCCGGCCGGCGGUGAUGACCCCCACGCCCCACCCAGAAUGGAGCCGAAGCUAUUGGAACCCACUGCUCAGGACACCCUGCAUGUGUCCAUCACCAGACGAGACUGGCUUCUUCAAGAGAAGCAACAGUUGCAGAAAGAAAUCGAAGCUCUCCAAGCAAGAAUGUCUGUGCUGGAAGCAAAAGAUCAGCAGCUGAGAAGGGAAAUAGAAGAGCAAGAGCAACUCCUCCCAUGGCAGGGCUGCGACCUGACCGCCCUGGUCGGGGGGCUGUCCCUGGGCGAGCUGCAGGAAGUCAGCAAGGCCUUGCAUAACACGCUGGCCUUAGCCAACCAGAUUCCGCUCUGUGCAGAACCACCUGAAACCAUAAGGAGCCUCCAGGAGCGGAUAAAAUCCCUCAACUUCUCACUUAAGGAAAUCCCUGCUAAGGUGUGUAUGAGUGAGAGACUCAGUAGCACUCUCAGGAAGAAAGUAAAUGACAUCGAAACCCAACUCCCGGCGUUGCUUGAAGCCAAAAUGCUUGCUGUAUCAGGAAGCCAUUUCUCUACAGCCAAGGAGCUCACAGAGGAGAUUAGAUCAUUAACAGCAGAAAGGGAAGGGCUGGAGGGACUCCUGGACAAGCUUCGGGUGCUGAGUUCCAGGAAUGUCCAAAAGCUGGGCAGUGUUAAGGAAGAUUACAGCCGACUGAGAAGGGAGCUGGACCAGGGGGAAGCUGCCUACGAAAUGGGUGUGAAGGAAAAUGCUCUGAAGUACAUGGAAAUGCUUGAGGAUAAGCUGCGUAGUUGCAAGUGUCCACUGCUUGGAAAAGUGUGGGGAGCUGACUUGGAAGCUUGUCGGUUGCUUGUCCAAAGCCUACAGCUCCAGGAGUCCAGGGGCACACUGUUUGCAGAAGAUGAGAGGCAGACAGAUGACUUCGUAGGAGCCAUCUGUCCAACCACUCCUGCCAUCUCCCCCAAGCUCCACUCUGAAGUUGAGAAGAAGACCCCUUUGCAGGCCUUCGAGGACUGGAAGGCUCACCUGAGCCCAUCUCCGUACUUUGCUGGCCGCGAGCAGAAAGAGGAAUCUUGCAUCCUUUCUGCAGAACUUGGAGAAAAAUGUGAAGCCAUAGACAAGAAGUUAUUGUACUUAGAAGAUCAGCUUCACACGGCAAUCUAUAGCCAUGAUGAAGAUCUCAUUCAGUCUCUCAAGAGGGAGCUCCAGAUGGUGAAGGAAACUCUGCAGGCCAUGAUCCUGCAGCUCCAGCCAGCAAAGGAGGCGGGAGAGAGAGAGGUUGCAGCUUCCUGUGUGACAGCUGGUGUCCGGGAAGCGCAGGCCUGAGGCGGGACAGGAUGCAGGGGGAGGAGGGUCAGCGCCCACAUCAUCGACAUGGGUGCACGGGAGGCCUCUCUCACGUCCCUGGCAUGGCCAGUGUGCCUGAAUCCAUUACAGACACAGGGCCCCGAGGGCUCCCUGCCCCGAGGGUCCCUCUUUGUGCUCCUGGGGCUGAGAGCAGGGAGACCACACAUUGGAAUAUGGAGGGGGACGAUCUGCUGGAUUUCCUUCCAAGUGUCAGCCAGAGGCACAUUUCCCGCAUUGCUCAUGGGAGCAUCCUAUACAGGACUUGAAAAUCUUCUCAUCUCAGCUCCCAUUAGACAGAAGCUGGGGUUGAAUUCUGCUAGAAAAAUGUCUCUUUUCCUGUACCACUUGCUUUCUGUUGCAAUUAAAGUAUCUCCUGAUUUAAGAACCUGUAAAGAGGAAACUAAAUGUAAGUAUCACCAUACCUGUUAUACUUUCCUACAGGCACAUGAUCUAAGGGAGCUAAUUAACCCCAGGAUCUGGAAUUAACAGCUUUUCACCUUCUCCUGUGAUUCACUAUAAUCUCAGAAGAAUACAUAUGAAAAACUCCAAAAGACCUUGCUUUAAAGUAACAACCUGUCAAUGAGGUGCAUUCUUUUGAUUUUCCUAUUAUGGCAACACCUGUUUCUACCGAAAGGGUCCCUGAUGUUUCACCAGGACCUCCUGGAAUUUGCCCACAAUGACAGCAGGAAGGGAGCAGGGGCAUGAAGGGAUCAGAUGACAAGUUUAAACUUCUGGGACUCUCCUCUUUUCCUCCCUAACCUGUUCCACUCAGUGCCAGGCAGGACAUGGAUGUGGACACCUUCAUUCAGUACAGUGCAGUAUUCAGUAAGAGAGUGCAUAUACUCAGGAAGGCAGUGCAUACUCAGUAGGGAAGUACAGUACUCAGGAAGGCAGUGCAUACUCAGGAAGGCAGGGUAGUACUCAGGAAGACAGUACAUACUCAAGAAGGCAGUGCAGAACUCAGGAAGGCAGGGCAUACUCAGUAGGGAAGUACAGCACUUAGUAAGGCAGUGCAGUACUCAGGAAGGCAGGGCAUACUCAGUAGGGAACUACAGUACUCAGGAAGGCAGUGCAGUACUCAGGAAGGCAAUACAGUCUCAGGAAGGCAAUGCAGUACUCAGGAAGGCAGUGCAUACUCGGGAAGGCAGUGCAGUACUCAGGAAGGCAGGAUAGUACUCAGGAAGGCAGUGCAUACUCAGGAAGGCCGGGCAUAGUCAGGAAGGCAGUGCAGUACUCAGGAAGGCAGUGCAUACUCAGGAAGGCAGCACAGUACUCAAGAAGGCAGUGUAGUGCUCAGGAAGGCAGGGCAUACUCAGUAGGGAAGUACAGUACUCAGGAAGGCAAUGCAGUACUCAGGAAGGCAAUGCAGUACUCAGGAAGGCAGGAUAGUACUCAGGAAGUCAGUGCACACUCAAGAAGGCAGUGCAGUACUCAGGAAGGCAGUGCAUACUCAGGCAGUACAGUACUCAGGAAGGCAGUGCAGUACUCAGGAAGGCAAUGCAUACUCAGUAGGGAAGUACAGUACUCAGGAAGGCAAUGCAGUACUCAGGAAGGCAGGAUAGUACUCAGGAAGUCAGUGCACACUCAAGAAGGCAGUGCAAUACUCAGGAAGGCAGUGCAUACUCAGGCAGUACAGUACUCAGGAAGGCAGUGCAGUACUCAGGAAGGCUGGGCAUACUCAGUAGGGAAGUACAGUACUCAGGAAGGCAAUGCAGUACUCAGGAAGGCAGGAUAGUACUCAGGAAGGCAGUGCAUACUCAGGAAGGCUGGGCAGGUCAGGAAGGCAGUGCAGUACUCAGGAAAGCAGUGCAUACUCAGGAAGGCAGUACAUACUCAGGAAGGCAGGAUAGUACUCAGGAAGGCAGUGCAUACUCAGGAAGAUAGCACAGUACUCAGGAAGGCAGUGCAGUACUUAGGAAGGCCGGGCAGGUCAGGAAGGCAGUGCAGUACUCAGGAAAGCAGUGCAUACUCAGGAAGGCAGUGCAGUACUCAGGAAGGCAGGAUAGUACUCAGGAAGGCAGUGCAUACUCAGGAAGGCAGUGCAGUACUCAGGAAGGCAGUGCGAUACUCAGGAAGGCUGGGCAUACUCAGUAGGAAAGUACAGUACUCAGGAAGGAAAUGCAGUACUUACAAAGGCAGUGCAUACUCAGGGAGGCAGCACAGUACUCAGGAAGGCAGCAUAGUACUCAGGAAGGCAGUGCAUACUCAAGAAGGCAGUGCAGUCCUCAGGAAGGCAGUGCAUACUCAGGAAGGCCAGGCAGGUCAGGAAGGCAGUGCAGUACUCAGGAAGGCAGUGCAUACUUAGUAGGGAAGUACAGUACUUAGUAAGGCAGUGCAAUACUCAGGAAGGCAGGAUAGUACUCAGGAGGUCAGUGCACACUCAAGAAGGCAAUGCAGUAUUCAGGAAGGCAGUGCAUACUCAGGUAGUACAGUACUCAGGAAGGCAGUGCAGUACUCAGGAAGGCAAUGCAUACUCAGUAGGGAAGUACAGUACUCAGGAAGGCAAUACAGUACUCAGGAAGGCAAUGCAGUACUCAGGAAGGCAGUGCAUACUCAGGAAGGCAGUGCAUACUCAGGAAGGCAGUGCAGUACUCAGGAAGGCAAGAUAGUACUCAGGAAGACAGUGCAUACUCAGGAAGGCUGGGCAGGUCAGGAAGGCCGGGCAUAGUCAGGAAGGCAGUGCAUACUCAAGAAGGCAGUGCAGUACUCAGGAAGGCUGGGCAUACUCAGUAGGGAAGUACAGUACUCAGGAAGGCAGUGCAUACUCAGGAAAGCGUGCAGUACUCAGGAAGGCAGGAUAGUACUCAAGAAGGCAGUGCAGUACUCAGGAAGGCUGGGCAUACUCAGUAGGGAAGUACAGUACUCAGGAAGGCAGUGCAGUACUCAGGAAGGCCAGGCAUAGUCAGGAAGGCAGUGCAUAGUCAGGAAGGCAGCGCAUACUCAGGAAGGCAGUGCAGUACUCAGGAAGGCUGGGCAUACUCAGUAGGGUAGUAUAGUACUCAGGAAGGCCGGGCAUAGUCAGGAAGGCAGUGCGGUACUCAGGAAGGCAGUGCAUACUCAGGAAGGCCAGGCAUAGUCAGGAAGGCAGUGCAUACUCAGGAAGGCCAGGCAUAGUCAGGAAGUCAAUGCAUACUCAGGAAGGCAGUGCAUACUCAGGAAGGCCAGGCAUAGUCAGGAAGUCAAUGCAUACUCAGGAAGGCAGUGCAUACUUAGGAAGGCCGGGCAUACUCAGGAAGGCAGUGCAUACUCAGGAAGUCAGUGCAUACUCAGGAAGGCAGUGCAUACUUAGGAAGGCCGGGCAUACUCAGUAAUGUGGGGCAUUGUAGGCCCCUCCUUGCUGAGGCAGCUGUAAAGCAGGCUAAGGUUCAAUUAGGCAGCACUUCAGAGUUGCACUGAGGAAGGCAGCCUCCGAGAGAUGCUCCAGGAAUGAACGGGUCUCCCUCAGUCAAAUACGUUUGGGGAAUCUGCCAUGCCAUAAUUGCCAGCUGGAGAGCCACAGUGCACAUUAGCAUAUUUGACUAGGACAGAGCUCAGUAAAGAAACCCACUUGAUUUUUUUUUUUUUUUUUUUUUUGGUCUAACCCAGACUUCCCAAGUUUAAUGGAUCAUAGAUUUUAUUUAAGUCCUAUUAAUAAUCCCACCAAUCUUGUGUUGGGCAGGCCUGCAUUCUCUGGGGAAGUCAUGGUCCAAAUACAGAUUUCCAUCAUGUGUAUAGGUGUGCUAGCAACCGGAUUCAAGCUUUUGCAGUGUCUAGCUUGGUAACUACAUGCUAGUGUUUGUGCUUCUAAUUGACUUAUUGGGUUUUUUGUUUGUUUCUGUUCUCAUUUAUCCUUAUAAGAAUAGUGAUGGUCCUGCUUUCAUUAGGAUCUGUGGACCAUGGACAGUUCUUGUCAUUUCCUGAAGUCACGCUGUCACUUCCGGAAGGCAGCUGGUGCUUUGCUAAGCCUCCCGUGCUGGGCAGUACUUCCAUCCUCAAAGAGAUACCCUGCUUAAGCCGGCAACUGGCCAGGGUCCAGGGAACAAAGCAAAAGCACAGUAUGUGAAUUUGCUGUGUUUCAUCAGUUUUAUCUUCAGCAUUUAAAAAUAUGUAUAUAUACUGUAUAUAUUUCAAUAAUAAGUAUAUUUUAUUUCUAGGAAUUCUUGGUUUUUUAAUAAUGAGCCAAAUUAGUGAAUUAUUUAUAAUCAUGUCUAAAAAAUAUUGUGUACUAGUCACAUGGCACUUGGAAUCCUCGAAUCCCUGAAUUAAUUCCAAUGGAGCAAAACUGGGCAAGAAUCAGGAUUGACUGUAUUAGCAAUAAUGAAUGUCUACUUUGACAUACAUCAUUUUUAAAAGGCCCCCGGACACAAGACAUCUGAACAGUCACUAACCCAGUGGUGUGUGUUACUUAGACACCAUCAUGAAUAUUUCUGUGAGGUCAUGAUGUAUUUGAACAUUCUGGAAGCUAAUAAGAGCUGUGAGUAUACGCCAUAUAAGAAUUCUCUGGUACCUGUGGUUGGGCAGUGUGUUCAAUUCCUCUUUGAGAUGCUUGAACAAGUCUAAGUUUUGGGGCAGGUGAAUGAUGCUUUAACCACAUAGUGCAACCCCUCCCUAGCCUAUGCUGGUGUCAGAGUCAGCCAGGAAGGCUGCUAAAGACCAGGGCAUAUCCUCUGGCCACACUGUCUCCUCAGGACAAGUGCCCUCUUCAGCCACCAUGACCUUGGAAGACCCAGGGUUGUGUAUCCCAAACCAUAACAUGGGCCAAUUUUUGCCAGGGUUGAAUUUAAAAGCAACGAAUUGAAGCUUUUACGGAGAUAGUCAAGACCACAAGCCACAGUGCAGAUUGAAAAUGGUGACAUGGAGUCUGAUAUCACCGUGAUGCGGUGUGAGAGAAUGAGUCGCAGGUGCAUUAUCUCAUUGAAUUCUCAAAUCAGCCUUAUGAGGUAGGUGUCUGUAGAUGACAAAACAGAACUUUCCUCAAGGCCCGGAGCUGGGGAGGGGUGCAGUGACAGUAGGGGUCAGACACAGGUGGAAUGCAUCUCAUUGCCGCUCUUCCUAAAGUGCCUUCAAGGUCUUUCUGAGACCUCGAGCCAGGGAGGUUAUUUGCUCACUUAAGAACACAUGGUCACCUUGGGGAUCCUGCUAGGGAAACCUCAGCUUCCCACACCCCCAGCUAAGCCUCACUAUGCUGCAGCCAUGAACUCUAGCUCAGCUCAGACAGGUUCCAACAGACCGACCCCGCUCUGCACUCCCCCUCCCCCAUGUCCUAACCAACCAUUCAUUCUCAGUCCACCACGAAAGCCACGCCAGGAACAACCACUUACUGCCUGGUAAUGGGCAGAUUUUCUUGAAAACCCCUAUUCAACUGGUAUUUUUCAGAAAGCAUUCGAGAAAGCAACAUUGUGCCCCUUAGUCAACGCCUUCUUGUAUAAGUGAUUCAGUACUUUUAUUUUUAAUAUCCUCACCUUAACUGAUCUUUGGAUUUUGUCAUAUAAUUUAUUGCUUCAUAAAUUUCAUCUUUUUGUUAUAGGAUGAUUGAUUGUACAGUUACAUCACACAAAA